UGUUUUUCAAGUCGUGCAGUGAAGUUGUCGUCACAAACUCACUCACAUUGAAUGCCGUAAUUACUGUGUGUUUGUGGAAACGUGUGUUUGUUUGUGACUUCCCUUUCCGGACAGACAUUCACUGUUAAAGUACAUCCAAAACAUGAAGAAGGUGACAAAGAAGGUUCGGGUGCGCAAAGUGGCGCCAUUGCCAUCACUGGUGGCCAACAAGUCGGCCAAAGACCCCAAGAAGAUAGUCGACCCUCUGAUCCAGAAAAAGGCGAAAAACUUUGCAAUCGGUGGUGACAUUCAGCCGAAGAGGGAUUUGACGCGUUUCUUUCGAUGGCCGCGAUAUAUACGAGUCCAGAGACAGAGAGCCAUCCUUUUGGAGAGACUGAAGAUUCCGCCGACGAUUAAUCAGUUUAGGAGUGGUUUUCUGGACCGACAGACAGCGACCCAAUUGUUCCGUCUGUUCGACAAAUAUCGUCCGGAAUCCAAGAAAGCAAAGAGAGAUCGACAGAAAAAAGAGGCCGAAUCUAAGGCUUCUGGAAAAGAGUCGGCGCCCUCUAAGAGACCACCAGUUGUGCGAUUCGGCGUCAAUACAGUGACAACUCUUGUCGAGCAGAAAAAGGCUCAAUUGGUUGCCAUCGCCGCUGAUGUGGAACCGAUUGAAUUAGUUCUUCAUUUGCCGUCUUUGUGUCGCAAAAUGGGAAUCCCUUACUGUGUGGUCCGCGGCGGUCGCUCGAGACUGGGACACGUGACCAGAAGGAAGGGCUGUUCGGCGGUCGCCAUAACAUCGGUGGCGCCCGAAGACCGGCUCAGUUUGACUAAACUGGUAGAAGUGGUGCGAACCAACUUCAACGACCGCUUCGAUGAGAUCCGUCGCCAAUGGGGCGGAGGAAUACUGGGCGCCAAGUCGAGGGCCAAGAUCACCAAACUCGAGAAGGCAAAGGCCAAGGAGUUGGGUCAGCUCCAGAGCACCGGCGCUGCCAUCGCUUGAUUUGUUUAUUGAUUUAAUUUUGAAAUAAAUGCGUUUAUAAAUGGA